AUGCCAAGUAUUGAGCAUGGAUCACUUGUCCUCGUCACCGGGGUGAACGGGUAUAUUGGCAGCCAUGUGGCUAAACAUCUCCUGGAACGCGGCUUUCGCGUUCGUGGUACGGUUCGAGACGACCACAAGCGCGGCUACAUGGAAGCACUAUUUGAGGAAAGCCAUAGAAGAGGCGAGUUUGAAGUUCAAAUUGUCGAGGAUAUGGCCUCUGAUGGCGCCUUUGACACGGCUAUGCAAGAUUGCCAAGGUGUCAUCCAUGUGGCUUCGGACCUCUCGCUCAACCCAGAUCCCAACAAAGUCAUCCCGCCGGUGCUUUCUGGAGUACGGAACGCCCUCACUGCGGCAGCCCGGAAUCCAUGCGUCAAGCGCUUCGUCUACACCUCCUCUUCAACUGCAGCAACCGCCCCAAUCGUAGACACGGUGUUCGACGUCGAUACAAAUACAUGGAAUCACGAUGACGUUCAAGCCGCAUUAGCCCCGUCGCCGUACAAUGACGAUCGGAAGCUGGCCGUAUAUGCCGCGAGCAAGAUGCUAGCCGAGCAGGAGUGUUGGCGCUUCAUGGAGCAGGAGAAGCCUGUCUUUACCCUCAAUACGGUACUGCCAAAUUGCAAUAUUGGAAGAAUCUUGUCCAAGGAGCAGCCAGCGUCGACGGGUGGCUGGUAUAAGAAAAUGUGGGAGGGCGAUAAAGAUAUUCUCGAGCUUUUGCGAUGCCAGUUUGCGCCGCAGCACUAUGUCAACGUAACAGACACGGCUGUUUUGCAUCUGGCGGCCUUGCUCGAGCUGGAUGUGACUGGAGAGAGACUAUUCGCAUGUGCGGGCCCGUUUGGUUUCAACGAGACAGCCGAGCUGAUGGAGGAACUAGAUGCUGCUGGCUGCGGGGACGGCAGCAGGCGGUUCGAGAGAAGCACGAGUUCAUCCAAGGAUCUCAAGACGUUCGCGACGAAGAGGGCUCAAGAGCUGCUGCGAAGGUAUAGUAGACCUGGGUUUACUGGCCUGAAGGAAUCGUUGAGGGAAGCCAUCGAGUCCUGA